AUGGACAAGGUUUCAAAGGGGACAAAGAUCGCUGUCAUCACUGGAGGGGCAGCAGGUGUGGCAGGAGGUGUGGCAGCGGCGGGGCUGGUGCUGGCCCCGUUCACCCUGGGUGCUUCAGUCGCCCUCACUGUGGUUGGGGUGGGAGUGGCGGCAGCCGGCGGGGCCACCGCUGCAUCAGCAGCCAUCGCCAACAAGAUGACUGUCACACAGGACAAGAAGAAAAUUGAGAGUAUCUUCCAGGAGUACGAGGCCCUCAUGAUGGAGAUUCAGGACUGCCUGAAGUUCAUCAGCGAGGGUCUGGAGCACCUGAGGGACCAUGACACGUCCACCCUGAGAGCAACCGGGGCCAAGUCAGCGAGGGUCGCCGCGGUGGCUCAGCUGGCCACUUCAGACAGGGCUAGUGCUCGGGCCAUGGAGGCCAACAGCAAGGCGUCAGGGGUGAUGCAAGGCUUCGCCCUCGGGAUGUUCUUCACCCAGAAAAAGGAUGGCGCCAAGGUGAAGAAGGGCCUUGAGUCCAAGUUAGCCGAGAAAAUCCGCACGGUAGUAGAGGAGAUGAAGAAGGGACUGGACGAGCUCAUGCAUCUUAAAGAGCUGUUCAGCGAGUUCAAUUGA